ACACUUCUCAUAAUAAAAAGUUGGUAAAACCCUUAAACCUCAUUGUUUCCUGGACUCGAGAGGGGAAAUCCAAAGUGGAGUUGGGUUGAAAUGGAGAAUGUUCAGAGCGCAUUCCGUAAGAUUUCGAAAGAUGCGAAAACUGCGGCAUCUUCAGCAAUGGAAGCACAAUCAACACAUCCUCCAUCUUCUUCUUCAUCUUUGCCUUAUGGAGUUCUAGCCACCAGACCUUCAAGACAAUGGGUGUCAAUAUGGACUUGCUCAAAGCUUUGUGCGGCUUGCUUUGUUGCUGGAAUUUUUGUUGGCUACACUUUGAAACGACGGGUUAGGCGCUGGAUCUCCAAUCUUUUGAGGAGAAUGAAGGAUGACUGAGAGCUUCUCUUUUCUGCUGGUAUGACCUUAUAACCCGAGUCUUCAAAGACCCAAGAAAUGAAGCUUAACUUAGAGUUUUGCCCUCUUUAAGCGCAUGCUGAGGAAAUCAAUAUAUGAGAUUACAUGAUUUUCUGUCUCACUUUUUGGUGUAUAUGUGACAGUACUUCAGUAUACAAGUUUUUGGCACCGAAAUAGUAGUAGAUUUCAAUGAAACUUGGUGAUGAUUACGUGUUAUGAAUUUAUGAUGCAAAUGUCAUUUGAUCUUCUUGUGUCCUA